UUGACAGAAAAGUUAAAAAUCUUACCUGGUUCGGGUGUGAGCAAUUUUUUGUGAUUUUCCCUGGGAAAUUGGCCCCGAAACAGUGCAAAAACUGCUAUGAAUCGUGUUCAGGUAGCCAGCCUGCUAGAGGAAGUGCGAAAACCGGUAGACCGGGCCACCCUCUACCGCAAAUUGGUCCGAAUCCGAACGGAGGUCAUCAACAGUGAAGCUGGUAUGCAGCACUUCUUUUCACUUGGUGGCAUCAAGCUGCUGGUGGCACAGCUCGACAAACCGAACGAAAAGCUGCUGGAGGUCAGCCUCAGUAUUCUUGGGAACUGCUGUAUGCGAAAAGAUUGUGCCAAACAGGCCUACGAAGAGGGUAUACUGACUCCGCUGAUUUCUUGUAUCCACUUGUCCAACCCGGCGAUCCAGUGCCGAAGCUGCCGGCUGCUCGGUAACUUGGCCCAAUUUCCUGCGAUCAGCUAUGUACUGGCAAAAGAUUGCAGCAACACAAUCUACGCGCUGAAUUCGAUUCUCGCCGAGCCGGACAACAGCGCUGUACUGAUAAUGGCCAUCCGUGCCAUUCGGCAGCUGUGGAACGAGAAAUCCAUUCGAAGUGUAAUGAUUAGCCAAAACUGCGUGAAGCGGAUCGUAGCGCUGCUCGUUAAACUAGCCCGAAAUGUAUCGAAAGAGGCGGAGAGUCCAUCCUGCGCUGAAUCGCUAGAUGAAGAGACGGAGCGAGUGGUCAUAAAACGGUUGCACGCCCCCGAUCGUACCGUAACGAAAGAGAAAUUUAAAAACAUCGUACGCCACAUGGAAAACAGUCAUCACUGCGAUAUCGUUGGUUACCAGCUGGUUAAGAGUUACCGGUGGAAGGAUUCUCAGGACUUUAAAAUGCCAGAGGCUAAGGAAACCAUAGAACUUUUCAUCGGUAUCUUGAAGUGCUUACAGAUGGUGACGAGCACGGUUAGCGCACAGGUGGCCGAAGAGGUGUACGGCGAGAAUGGUUGCGGUGUUAAAUGUUUGGUAUUUCUCUGCGCCGAAACAAGCCAGUUUCGAGCGUUAGCUCUGAAGGUUGUUUACAACCUUGCCUCUAAUCCUGACGCAAUCGAUAAACUAACCACUUGCGAUGUAAUAACAAUGGCAUCGGAUUUGAUCAUGUAUGCCAAUUUGGAUGACUCGGAAAAAAACUACUGCACGAGCGUGAUAUGUUUACUCGCAAAAGAAGCUUGCAAUCGGGGACACAUCCGCCGAAGUGGUGCUCUCCAAGCUCUAAUGCAAUUGGCCAAACAGUGUCACGAAAAACGACAACUGAGUAUAAUUUUGUAUGCGCUCUACCAGUAUCGGUUCGAUUCGCUUAGCUUUGAUAUUCUGCUAGGCAAUGGGCUAGUCAGUUUUUUGAUUGGCGUACUAAAAGAUAUCAUCGCUGAAAAGCAAGUACAUCACAUUAAACAUGACGACGAAGAAACACUAAAUACUAGCAUCUACUCAAAGCGUCGGUCUAGCAGUCAAAAGGCAAAACAAAAACGCAGCGUAGAACUGUUUAACUACAAAAGCUCUACCUUCUAUCGGGAAGCCAAGAUGGCAAAAAUUGACCCAUACGUUAAUGCCCCCGAAUCACCGGAAAGUGGAAGUAGCGGUUAUGUGAGCAAUAAAAACCCAUCCAGUUCAGGGUCCAGUCCGGCGCGGAUCGAUUUUAAUGAUGACGAUUUUGAUAAUGAUGACGACGACGUAUACUCGCCCGUCUGUAGCGAUGACGAGGGUGACCCCGACCCAGUUGGAUUACAAGAAGAACGAAUAACAUCGGCCAUGGUCGUCGAUGAAGACAACACAGUGGACGACGCUAGACCUAGCGAAUUCGACAUUCUAGCUUACUUGUAUGAUGAUAAUUCCAAUACCUACUUAACGAAUGAGAUGCCAACUGCCGAUAUAGAGGAACCCUCGGAACCUGAACCAAGACGGCACAAUUUGUGCAGUUUCGAUGACACGAUAGACGAUAAUGAAAUACACGAUAUUGAGCUGGAAAUUGUUUCAUCGCGAGCGUUCGAAAGAAAUGCAAUGCAACCAAUUCUUACCUUGCUGUGGUCAAUUUCCAAGUCACGUCGCGGAUUAGAAUUUGUACACCCGGAGACGCUCGUUACUCUGCUGAAAAUAUGCAAGCUGACAAAGAAACCACGUGGCCGAGCAUUCCAGAUAAUCGCGAACAUCAUCAAACAUGUGGACCAUUUUCUUCCACUGCUCAAGCAGGAUUUUGUCUUUAGGCUGCACGAAUUCAAGAUACCCUACAGUGCGCAUUCGCGUUGCUGGAGCUGUGAUGAGAUGAAAUCCGCCUGUAACGAACUGAUGUCCUUGUUUGGUAAUAUCGGUGAAACCGGAUACGGUCAAGGCGAAAUAGCCCACAUUCUUCGGACAGGUGAACGGACCCUCCAACUGCAGGUUUCCAUCAUCGUCACCUAUGUAGUACGGGACCCGAAGCUACUUCAUAAACUGCUGUACGAUAUGAAAAUCCUGAACACGGUGAUGAACAUCAUUCUGAACGAGAACGACGACGAGCAGGAAGAAGUCUACGACCAACGGUUAAGUGUGGCAGCUUGCUCGGGAAUUACCACGUUGGCACACAAUCUGAACAUUUGUGGCGAAGAGGAGGAUACUGGAACCCCAAGUGAAACACUGGAAGCAAAGGAAUUUGACAACACGCUCACCAUUUGCGACGAGAAUAGUCCCGAGGAAAAGGUGAUCUUCAAAGUGCGCAGCGAAAAUGGGACACCAAAUCAAGUGCUCGUCAGCAAAAACUUGUUGAUUCAAGGCAGUGAUGUUUUCCAGAGAAUGUUCGACGGCGAUCAUUUUAUUGAAUCACGGAGAAAUGUGGUGGAAUUGCAGGAAAACAUAAGCGUUGACGGGCUGAAGUACUUCUUCUACCUGAUCAGACUACAGACGGUUAACAAAUUGACAGGGAUGGCUCCACCCCCAAAGGUGAUAGAGGCCAGUCUGGACGCACUAAGCUUAUCGCAAAAAUAUCUGCUGCCGGCAGUGGAAAAAUCGGUUCAAAACAUCAUCAAAACGCUGCUAAACGACGACUGCGUACUGAAUGUGUUUGAGUGGUCACUGAAAAAUUACAACCAAGAGCUGCUAGUUGCUUCCACCUGUUAUUUCCUGUACUCGGAUAUUAACGGAGCAGCGAAAUGUAAACUAUUCAGAGCAGCCAACAAGUCCGUGUACCGAAAGGAGUGGCGCAGGCUGCUGAACGAAACGAUUAUGUUCCGAAUACAGCCCAAUCUAGAAUAAUUGUAUUAGCCCUACUUGCACUAAUGUUUGCUAUUAUAUUAAUAGAAACCCAAAUUGUUAGUCAACUUUGUUUAUUUGUAUACCGGAGAUAUUUAUUACCCUUCUUGGCAUGUCACAGGUGCUAUUUUAUCCUGAAAUGUAUAUAGUGUACACAUUCCAACAACGGUAUCUAAUAUAUCGCAAAUCUUUAAACCCA